AUGGGCACCAUCUUAUCCUGCCUGAGGAGCACCUACACGUCCGUCUUCUCUUUCUUCGGGACUGGACAACAAGAUGACGUCGAUCUCCCGAAGGCCACGCACUCUGUCGAUUCCAAAAUUCACGGCGAGCCCCCGUUCGAGAUUGCAAUCAUAGGGGCUGGGAUAGGGGGUCUCACCUUCGCCAUCGGAUGCCUCAAGAACAACGUCUCUUUCGUGCUCUAUGAAGCCGCCCCCAAGUUCAGUCUUGUCGGUGCCGGAGUGGGGUUUGGGCCCAACGCCCUCCGCGCGAUGGACAUGAUCGAUCCUAAGCUACGCACCAUGUACGGCGACAUCUCUUCCGGCAACGUCACCCCAAACAAACUCCACGUCGCCAUGGACGCCCUGUACACGGAGGAGGGAUUCGGUACGAGGCGCGGCUGGGUUCCCGCCCCGUUCGGAGCCGAGUGCUACGAGCGGACCAGCGCACAUCGCUGGGACCUGCUGAACAUACUGACGAGCAUGAUCCCCCGAGACAGGGUCCGUUUUAACAAGCGGGUCAAGGCCAUGGAGCAGGCCGAGGACGGAGUGACCAUCACAUUUGAGGACGGCGAGGUCGCGCAGGCCUCGGCCGUGGUCGGCACCGAUGGCGUGAAGGGGCCUGUGAGGAGUUACGUUCUCGCCGAGCGGUACCCCAGCGAGGUGGCGGCGACUUACAGUGGCAAGUAUGCGUACAGGGCCACCAUUCCGAUGGACGACGCCUUGAAAAUCCUCGGCAGUCACGCGGGCGACGCGAAAUGCUUCAUCGGACACAACGUCAACUUCAUGACAUACCCCAUCUCAAAGGGCACCCAGUUGAACUUGGUCGCAUGCAAAUUCAGCGAAGAUCCAUGGACAUACGAUCAGUGGACUAAGACCGUCACCAGGGAAGAGAUGGUUGCUGAUUUCUCCGACACCGUAGACCGGAGAUUGGUGAAGUUGCUCGAGUGGGCCGAUCCUGUUCAAUGGGCUCUGCACCAUCACAUGAAUACUCCCACCUAUUGCAACAAUCGGAUCUGUCUCCUCGGCGACUCGGCUCACGCAACGACGCCGCAUCAGGCCUCCGGAGCUGGCCAGUGUAUGGAGGACGCUCUCAUCCUGUCGCACCUGCUCGGCAACGUCGAGAACGAACGAGAGCUGCCACUGGCCUUUCAGGUGUACGACGUCAUCCGGCGCCCUCGCGCGCAGCGGGUGGUCAAGACAAGCCAAGAAACCGGCCAGAUCUAUUCCUUCACACAUCCCGAGCUGCGAGAAGACAUGGCAAAGAUCGUCGAGAAUCUGAACAAGAGAUUCCUGUGGAUUUGGGAACACGACCUGAAGGGGGAUCUGGACAGAGCGGACCACAUGUUUCGAAAGCUAGCAAGCCAGACAUGA